UUGGCUCAUGCUUUUGAUCCCGGUUCUGGACUUGGUGGAGAUGCACAUUUCGAUGAUGAUGAGUUUUUCACAUUCCGCAAUAACUCACAUAAUGCAUUUGUCCUGUUCUUGGUGGCUGCCCAUGAGUUUGGUCACUCUUUGGGUCUUUUUCAUUCCGAAGAUCCUAACGCUCUGAUGCAUUCUUUAUACACCUUUACUGAUCCGGAUCGUUCCCCUCUGUCCUCUAAUGACAUUGAAGGGAUUCAGUUACUCUAUGGUCCACCAAAUUGUCAAAACCUGGUCUGGGAUGCAGUGACGACUUUUAGGGGAGAAACACUGUUCUUCAAGAACGGCUUUUAUUGGCGUAAAUCUCAGAGCAACACUGUGAUACAACUUCCAAUCAGGAGUUUCUGGCUCAACGCUCCUGAUAAUGUAGAUGCUGCUUAUGAGGAUCCAGCGCAAGAUAAACUUUUCCUAUUCAAAGGUACACAAGUGUGGGCUUUCAAUGGCCAAAAUCUUGAGCCCGGUUAUCCUAAACCUCUCAGCAGCUUUGGUCUGCCAGCAUCUGUGACCAAAAUUAAUGCUGCCGUCCACAACCAGAACACAGGAAAAACACUGCUGUUCGUUGGCAGACAUUACUAUAGUUAUGAUGAGAGGGAGAAUCGAAUGGAUGAAGGGGAUCCCCCACGAGUGAACAUCAGAUUUCCAGGGUUGACCGGAGAGGUUACAGCAGCCCACAUGACCAACAAUAACUUUUAUCUCUUCAGUGGAAGAAACUUGGUUAAGUUCUCCAACAGCAUAGGUCUCCCUCAUUUGCUGCAGAACAAUUACUUCCUGCCUUGUUAGUCAGCUUCCCUGAAACAUGG